UGACAGCAAAUGACAGCACUGUUCGCUCCUGCAGAAGCCAGGGUGAGACGGCUAACCGCCAGCAAACAGCUCGUCUGAUCCGAGAAAUCUGAUGAUCGGCUGUGUUUAGUUAAAAAGUGGACAACCAGUACACGCGUAUAACGUUUGUGAUUUACCUCUCUGCCUGUGUGAGCUGGUGAAGAUGGUGAAGCCAGACAUCCACACUCUGGCCCACCACCUGAAGCAGGAGCGGCUGUACGUGGCGUCGGAGAAGCAGCUGAUCCAGAGGCUCAACAGUGACGUGCUGAAGACCGCCGAGAGGCUGUACCGGACCGCAUGGAUCGCCAAGCAGCAGAGGAUCAACCUCGAUCGCCUCAUUCUCACAAGUGCGGAGGCCUCUCCAGCGGAAUGCUGCCAACAUGCCAAAAUGCUGGAAGACACACAGUUUGUUGAUGGCUACAAGACUCUGGGCUUCCAAGAGAACAUCUAUGGAGAGUUCUUGGCCCGGUUGAGGGAAAACCCCAGACUGGUGGCUUCCUGUCUGGUGGCCGGGGAGAGGCUGAACCAGGAGCACAACCAGUGUGUCACCCAUACAGUCUUCACCUCACUUUAUGGCAACUGUAUUAUGCAGGAGGAUGAGAGCUACCUGCUACAGGUGUUGCGUUACCUGGUGGAGUUUGAGCUGAAGGAAAGUGACAACCCUCGCCGUUUGCUGCGACGGGGAACCUGUGCCUUCAGCAUCCUUUUCAAGCUCUUCACCGAGGGCCUGUACUCCGCCAAACUCUUCCUCACCGCCACCCUACAUGAACCCAUUAUGCAGCUGCUGGUUGAAGAUGAAGACCACCUGGAGACCGACCCAGCCAAGGUGACGGAGCGCCUCACCCCUGCCCAGCAGGACCGCUUCGGAGAGAAGGGCUCCGAGGGCUACAAACAAAGGGUGCAGUCAGCGGUGGAGGCCAACGAAGCUAAGCUAGUAGCUCUGGUCAACAAGUUUAUCGGUUACUUAAAGCAGAACACCUACUGCUUUCCCCACAGCCUGCGCUGGAUUGUGUCGCAGAUGUACAAGACUUUGUCCUGUGUGGAGCGUCUGGAGGUGGGCGAGGUGCGCACCAUGUGCACCGACCUGCUGCUGACCUGCUUCAUCUGCCCAGCUAUAGUCAACCCGGAGCAGUAUGGAAUCAUCUCAGACGCCCCCAUCAAUGAAGUAGCUCGCUUCAAUCUAAUGCAGGUGGGACAGCUUUUGCAGCAGUUGGCCAUGACUGAUAAUGAUGCAGACCCAAGGCGGAAAAGCAGUUUGGCUAAAUUUGAUAAGAGUUGUGUGGCUGCUUUUCUGGAUGUGGUCCUUGGAGGAAGAGCAGUCGAGACCCCACCCAUGUCCUCAAUGAACCUCCUAGAAGGCCUCAGUAGGACUGCGGUCUAUAUUACACAUAAUCAGCUGCUUGUGCUGGUGGACUUUGUACGGAAUGUGAUGGCAGGGGACCACCUUCGGGAGGAGGAGCACAUGGCUCUGGAGACUCUGGUAGCCAAUGUGCCCCAGUCCCGAGCUGUGAAGAGCAACAGUCUGGAGCUCACACCCUCCAACACCCCCCAGCUCUCCCCCGCUACCACCCCUGCCAACAAGAAGAACAGGCUCCCCAUAGGACAACACUUAGCCGCUAUAACAUCCUGGGACCCCACAACCACCACUCUGUCUGCUCACAUUCCAUUAGUUACCCCUUUUGCAGCUGCUCGCAGCCGCAGCCGUACCAACAUAGCCCAGGAGGGGGAGGCAGAGGCCAGCUCCCAGGAGUCCCUGCAGGAGCUGAUGCCAGAGGAUGUGCUGGUGAUUUCACUUGGAAAUGGUCCUCAGUCGGUCCCUGGGAUGAUGUCAGAGAAUGAGGUUUUGAACCUGCAGAUGGCUGAUGGGGCCCAGGGGGACGGCCAUGCUGAUGAUACUAAGCUGCAUGGUAAACCAGACAAAACUCUGCGCUUCUCCCUCUGCAGUGACAACCUGGAAGGCAUCUCAGAGGGUCCAUCCAACAGAUCUAACUCUGUGUCGUCUCUGGACCUGGAGGGAGAGUCUGUCUCUGAACUGGGAGCCGGACCGUCAGGGAGCAACGGGGUGGAGGCGCUACAGCUUCUAGAGCAUGAACAGGCCACCACUCAAGACAACCUGGAUGACAAACUGCGCAAGUUUGAGAUCAGAGACAUGAUGGGUCUCACCGAUGAUCGGGACAUCUCUGAGACGGUCAGCGAAACCUGGAGCACCGAUGUGCUCGGCAGCGACUUUGACCCCAACAUGGAUGAAGAUCGGCUGCAGGAAAUAGCAGGGGCCGCUGCAGAGAACAUGCUCGGCAGCCUGCUGUGUCUCCCUGGCUCCGGAUCAGUGCUGCUGGACCCCUAUGGCUCCACCAUCUCAGAGACCACCAGCGAGGCCUGGAGCGUGGAGGUCCUCCCCAGUGACUCAGGUAGGGAUCCAGAAGCUCCCGACCUGAAACAGGAGGAGCGUCUGCAGGAGCUGGAGAGCUGCUCAGGGGUCGGCAGUACCUCCGAUGACACGGAGGUCAGAGAGGUCAGCUCGAGGCCCAGCACACCAGGGCUCAGUGUUGUCUCAGGCGUCAGUGCAACCUCAGAAGACAUCCCCAACAAGAUUGAGGACCUGCGGUCAGAGUGCAGCUCAGACUUUGGAGGGAAGGACUCUGUGACCAGUCCAGAUGGGGAGGAGUCAGGCCACGGAGCACAUCCGACAUCUCCACCCUCACAGGCCGAUUCCUUACUGGCCAUGUUCGAUCCCCUCUCCUCCGCUGACGGCUCCACCACUGGAACAAUAGUGAGGCCCAAAGUGCACUACGCUAGGCCCCCUCACCCUCCCCCCGACCCUCCCAUCCCUGAAGCCAGUGCCCUGGGGCCGGAGACGCGCCACUCUCUCUUCACGCCCCACUGCCUGACCCAGGUCGAGCUGGAGCACACCAAGCAGCGGCACUCCUUCCCCGACAGGCUGGUACGUAGCCGCAGCUCUGACAUCGUGUGCCCAGGCCGACGGCCCACAAGCGACCCCGGCCUUAACCGGCGGGUUGCGGUUGAAGAGCGCGACCCUGCCGGGGCCUUCGCCUUAGGACCGUCCUCGUCCCCCAGCAAGGACUCCCUGAAAGGGGAGGUUGAGGACCGUAAAGACAGCGACGACGAGAAGUCGGACCGCAACAGGCCAUGGUGGAAGAAACGUUUUGUGUCAGCCAUUCCCAAAGUGCUGUAUUGGACGGCUGAGAGUGAUGUCCCAGCUCCGAUAGCUGCCUUUCGGAAAAGGGACAAGCAGGAGAAGGACGACGUGCCCCCGGAGCGCGUCCCACAAGCAGAUGACCUGUUGCCCAGACAGAGCUCUCAGGCGCAGGCAGCUGAAGAUAUCCUGGACAAAUACAGGAACAUCAAGAGGAUCAGCCCGAGCGAUGGCGCCACAGGUGGAGCUUCUUACGAUGGAACAGGAGAUCUUUGUGGUGAUGACAACGUUCACGACUCUCCGAGAGAAGACACUCUGCAGAACAUUUCCACAGACGACCUCCCAGACUCAGCCAGUCAGACAGCCCAGCAGCAUGACACCAAGUUCUCUUUCAGUGAUGCGAAGAAGAAGUUGAGGUUGGCUUUGUGUUCAGCGGACUCAGUGGCUCUGCCCAUCAUGCUUCCUUUAACCACACGAAACGGGCUGCCUGACCACAUGGAAUCUGAAGACAAUGAGAUCGUCUGCUUCCUGAAGAUCCAGCUCGCAGAGGCCAUCAACCUUCAGGAUAAGAACCAGAUGGCCCAGAUCCAGGAGACCACGCGCUGCGUCAGCCGCUUUGACGUACGCACCAGCAGGAAGCUGAUGGCUGCCAUCGCGGAGGAUUACAGAAAGCGGGCACCAUACAUAGCGUAUCUAACCCGGUGUCGUCAGGGCCUGCAGACCUCUCAGGCCCACCUGGAGAGACUCCUCCAGAGGGUGCUGAGAGACAAGGAGGUGGCUAACCGCUACUUCACCACAGUCUGCGUUCGCCUCCUUCUCGAACACAUGGAGUCCAAGAUGCUUGACUUCAUUAAAGCGUUCCAGGGGUGCACAGCAUCGGAUGACAAGACAGCAUCAGUGGAGGAUUUUCUGCGCUACUUGUACGGCGCCAUGGCCCGUGAUGCCAUUUGGCAGUACGCGAGCGAGGACCAGCUGCAGGAUGCCCAGAUGGCUAUCGAGCGCAGCGUUAUGAACCGCAUCUUCAAAUUGGCCUUCUACCCCAACCAGGAUGGAGAUAUUCUCAGAGACCAGCUUUUCCAUGAACAUAUCCAGCGGCUCACAAAAGUUGUGACGGCCAAUCAUAAAGCUCUGCAAAUCCCAGAGGUGUACCUGAAGGAGGCUCCCUGGCCCUCCGCCCAGUCUGAGAUCAGGACCAUCAAUGCAUACAAGACGCCUCGAGACAAAGUCCAGUGUGUACUGCGCAUGUGCUCCACCAUCAUGAACCUCCUCAGUCUGGCCAACGAGGACUCAGUCCCCGGAGCCGAUGACUUUGUCCCUGUGCUCGUCUUUGUCCUCAUAAGGGCAAACCCGCCCUGCCUGCUGUCCACCGUUCAGUACAUCAAUAAUUUCUAUGCCAGCCGGCUGAGUGGGGAGGAGUGCUAUUGGUGGAUGCAGUUCACCGCGGCGCUGGAAUUCAUUAAGACCAUCGAUGAUCGCAAGUGAAGCAGAACAGCCACCUGUAUGGGCAGACUGCGGGGGAAGGAGCCGGGAGACUGGGACACUUCCCAACCAACUGCUCCCUCUGCACAGCUUAUGAAACCUGGCCCUCAGCCUGCUCUUUAUUUGUAUAGCUUGUAUAUAGCCAGAGACGUUGAAAGAGUACAAAAUAUAUAUUACUGUAUGUAUGUGGACAAAUCCAGGUUUUAGCUGUGCUGAAAAAAUGGCGUCGGGGGAAGAAUUAGCAAGAUGUUAACCUGAUUUGGAUUAUUCUUUUUUGUCUCUUCAAUCAUCUUUCACGUUUGGGGUCUGUAUUAGGAAUUUUGCAUAUACAUAAUUACCAAUAUGACAUUAAAUCAACUUAAAAGAUAAUCCUAUAUAAAGGGACCAGACUUCCUUGAUGUGAUCACUGAUUUUUUUUAAAUUCCCCCCUGAGUAAGAGGGAAGAGCUUCCAAUUAAAUUACAAUAUAAUGUUCAUUAAAUGCGUUGUAACGUGGGGAUUUACAGUGCGUGAGUUACUGUAGGGAUUUAGUGACUCGUUAACACUGAGAUUACCUCACAAUAACCAUAAUACUCAUAAGGUAAGUGUGUCAAACAUAUAGGGCAGCUUUUUCAUGAAUUGUUUACUUCAUCUUAUUCCCAAAAACAAGUGUCGGUGAUAAUUUGGACAUAAGGGCCCACAUAUUUAUAUGAAAUAAAAAUGUAUUUAUUUCUGUAAUUCUAUUGAAUGCUUUUGUUUAAUUUUUUUUUUUAAAGGUGAAAAUGCACAUCAUGCCCAUUCAUGAUGUCUGAGGCAAGUGUUGUAUUUAUAAUAAACUUGUUUGAGUUAGGAAGGCACCUUAGCAAAGAGUAGGCGGGGCUGCUGGGGGAUUAUGAUACAGGGUCAACUCAUGCACAGAGCAGUGGUGGCAUUUCUGGAAAUAUUGUGCCUUUGAUGUGGGGCGCUCUGUACAGGUAGUUAUUUUUGACUAUUUUUCUUUUUUUAACCCAGCAUAGGCAUUAUCCCCAGCCUACACCCUCCCCAACGGGCCAAUCGCGUCCCACAGAGAAACCUUAGUCCAGCCCUCUCUGCAGGAGCAUGGGCUUCACUGAUUGUCAUGGCUCAGUCCCUUUUACUUGAAUUUGAACAAAUAUCCCCCUUUGGAAAUGUAGGUCCUACCUCAGAGUUAAAACCGAUGAGCCUGAUUAUGACUGCCUUGCGUUGGUUGUCAACCGAGUACUGGGUCAUUUUUGCACUGGUAAGAAAUAGUGAAACAGUAAAGGGCAGGGAGGGGAAGUGAUCUACCUGCUGUGAUGCUUGUUGCGUUCACAUCACCCUUAAAUUACACUUUGUUAGCAAACAAAGAUGUUUUAGUUUCCAAUCUUAUACCGGAGAUGCCACAUGUGUCCGAAUGGGCGUACUAGUGAACUAUUGGAUAUUAGCUCUCUACCUCCUCAUAAGUUCAAGAAAGGGACUCGUGUUUAUGUGCACUUAUAUAUAUUUUUUUUCUUAUCCCCAUUUUGGCGUGCUGUGAUAUCCCAGUGUCAUUGUAUCUUUCCAAAUGUAGUACAAGCAUGUCUUUAAUUAUCCAGAAAUGACUAAAACUCAUCUCUCUCUUGAAUUCCUCUGCUUCAUUUUUGUGCACAGACGUGCCACAUGUAUUAUAGUUUUUUCACAACCCAUUACUUUUCACGGUAACCGACAGCACAAUACACAGGAUAGAAGAGCAAAUAAUCAACACUAUUGACUUGUUACUGAUUUCCUUUUUUCUUUUCAUUUUAUGCUAACGUGGUUGGUGUAGUAUGUGAGCGUGGUUUAUAUAUAUAGUGAGUGUGUGUGAGAUGAACGUGUGAUUGGUUGACCCUCUGCCUCCUCUUGCAUGAAGUCAUUGACUGGUCUACAUACUGGAUCAUGAUAUACAGUUUAAUAGGAUUAACAUCUGCCACAGGCCAGUAAUUGAACCUGCAAGAGGAUGCAAAGAUUCUCUUUGUGUCCGUGAUGCUUGCAUAUCAGAACUCAAUGAUUUAUUUUGCACAACACAGAUGUUUUCCUGAGAAAUUGACAGGGGGCAGUGCAUUGAAAUAUCAAUACGUAUGCCCAUUAACAUAAGCAUAUUGUGACUACAGAAAUGUGUUACUAUCUCAAUCUUCCACAUUAAUGGGCACAUUUCAAAUGUGAUUGGAUUGGAUUGGUCUACAGAAGCACCAGAUUUGAAUUUGCAGUAUACUUCCUUGCAGAGUCUGUAAUCAAUCUGAUGAGAAAAACAUGCACUGGAAAAUGAAGUUGCACAUUGCAUCUAUACUAAUUAGGUUUAUGUGAUGUCACCUAAAUCUGGAAUACAUACGGCACACAUCUGAUGAAAUUAUUUGGCCCUGGCUUAUGUUUCAGUGUUUCCUCAGAUGGCCGAUCACAGCAGCUGCAGAUGUCCCCAGUCAAGUACUGAUUAAAACACCAGAUCAUUUACACACAUAUACACAAGGCUAUAAUGAUCAAACUGUAAUAUAAGUUCUGAUUGUAUGCAAACCACAGGGUAGUUGUGUCAAGUGAAUCGACUAAAUUGUUAGUCUGUGUCAAAUCGUUACUGCUCUGCUCCCUGGUCAAUUGAGUCGAAAAGCUGAGCAGAGAAGAAAAAAAGAGUUUUACAUCUUACAUCUAAUUUUACAUUUUAUUGUAAGCUUGCACAAUAUGACAUGCGGGGAAAGCCGGUUUGUCUUUACUGUGAUUAAUGCAUUAUGUAAUUCUUUAAAAACAAUAAAAGAAGCAGAAGUUUU